GGAAGCUGUGAGGCUCCCUUUGGAACCCAAAGAGAAUACAGGGGGCCCCCAUGAAGCUCCUGGCUCUCCUGAGCCUGCUGGCCCUGAUGCUGCAGGAAGCGGGCACAGCAUCCCUCCCAGAGAAGGAGAGGGAGAGGGGAGAAGACCGCCUGCACAGGGAAAGCGAUUCUUCCACAGCUCUGCAUCUGGGGGACUAUACCCUGAGCCCGGACAGCCACGAUGGGGUCCUUGACCUGAGCAACUAUGAAGAGCUCAUGGACUACGGGGACCAGCUCCCGAAGGUUAAAGGGGCCAGCCUGGCUUCGCCAACCAGGGCAAGUUCCACUCAGAGCAUGAAGCCUCCAAGGACACCCCCUUCAAGCCCCACAGUGGCCAGGCCUACUGCACUGAGCCCGCCGGGUUCCCCAACCAGCCAUGCACCAGGCCUGCCAACCUGUCUGGUGUGCGUGUGCCUUGGUUCCUCCGUGUACUGUGAUGAUACAGACCUGGAAAACAUUCCUCCUCUUCCCCAGACAACCACCUACCUGUACGCCCGCUUCAACCGCAUCAACCACAUCCGAGCUGGAGACUUCAAAGGGCUGACAAAACUGAAGAGGAUUGACCUCUCCAGCAACUUCAUCUCCUCCAUCGACGAUGAUGCCCUCCUCCUGCUGCCUGAUCUGCAGGACCUGAUCCUCAUUGAGAACCAGCUGGCGGCACUGCCUACACUGCCCACUGCCAUUGAGGUCCUGGACGUCCGCCUGAACCGGCUCCGGAGCUCCGGGAUACAGCCUGGAGCCUUCAGGGCAUUGGAGAAGCUGCAGUUCCUCUACCUGGCUGACAACCUGCUGGACUCCAUCCCUGGGCCUCUGCCCCUGAGCCUGCGCUCUCUGCACCUGCAGAAUAACAUGAUAGAGACCCUGCAGAGGGACACCUUCUGUGACCCUGAAGAGCACAAACACACCCGGAGGCAGCUGGAAGACAUCCGCCUGGAUGGCAAUCCCAUCAACCUGAGCCUCUUCCCCAGCGCCUACUUCUGCCUGCCUCGGCUCCCCAUAGGCCGCUUCACCUAGCUCACCCCUUCCACUCCUCCCAGAAUGCCAAGAAAACCAUGUAAGAGGAAGAGGAGAAACAGAAAGAAGAAGGGGGGAUGGAGGAGAAGCAGUGGUGUGCUGGAGCCGGCUCUUACUACUAGGCUUGCAAGAAAUGAUUAUUAAAUUUUCCAGAAUUUUGCAAGCCAGCUCUUUAAAAACAGUCAUUAUUAAAAGUUGAAUAAAUUGCAAUUAAAUAUGUGAUGUUGAAACUUA